AGCCAUUUCCAGUGGUCAAGAUGUCAGAUUCCGUGGAGAGUUUUCAGGAAAGGCAAGACAAUGAAUCGGAGGUGUUGCAAGCCAUCUUCAUGGAUGACUUUGUGGACGUAAACAAGGGCGACCACAGGGAUGGGAUGAACAUCAAGCUUCACCUGACACCACAGCAAGGCAUGAGUGGGUGUGGGAACGCCCACGUUACCGUCGAUAUGAGGGUUACUUGCCCACCCAGAUAUCCUGAAGUGCUUCCAGAUAUAGUCUUUGAGAGGGAGAAAGGAUUAUCCACGGAUAAGCUCAAACACCUCAGCAAGGAGAUCAACAGUAUGGCCAAGAAACUUAAGGGAGAGGUGAUGAUUUUAGAACUUGCUCAGCAUGUACAAGCAUUCCUUCAUGCCCACAAUGUACCGGGCUACAAAUCCUUCUACGAAGAGAUGAUGAGCAACAAGAAAAAGGAGCAGGAAAAGGAAGCAAAGGAGCGAGAGAAACAGCAGCAACUACAGAGGAAAAGAGAAGAAAAAGAGAGGAUGGAAAUUGAGGAAGAAAUAUUGAAAAUGCAGUCAGCCAAAGAGGAAAUUAAAAGAAGGAAAGAGCUUGCAAAUAAGGAAUCUGAGGCUACAGACCAAACUGUUCCUCCAUCCCCGGAGAAGACUAAGGAAGUCAGUGGGAGGAACCAAAGAGACUCCGCCCCUAACAGAGGCAAGAGGCAGCCUGACCCGGUGGAUGCAGGGAGUGAUAACAGCAGAGGCAGAGUAAGGACGUUAAGUGAAAGUAAGAACACAAAGCACCAAUCAGAGAAUGAAGCACCAAACCAAAGACAUCCCAAAGCUAGACGAUCGAGGAGUGACAGUUACCACAGAGGAGUCGUGACGACCGUCUUCAACACCAAAACAGAACGGACUAUCAACAGAGGCCAAGUUAUAAGUUACAGUGAUAAAGGGAGCACCACCUACGUAGGUAUGGACAGCCAGUCAGGAGAGCUAGUCACCCUCAGAGAAUGGGUCAUGAAAUGGAAGCACGGAAAGGGACGGAAACCCUUACCAGAUGAGGAACAGGCUGCAGAAAAUUGCAUCAAACAGCUUGGUACCAUAGAGCAAGAGUUGCUGUCACUCAUUAAGCUGGAGCAUCCCAACUUGGUGCACUACCUUGCAAUCAAACACACACAAGGCAAGGAGGCAGUCACUGUGGAGCUACUUAUGGAAUACACCAAGGGAGGUAGUCUAGACCUCCAGGCCUUUGGUGGGACCCCCAUCCCCUUAGACGUUCUCCGUCAGUACGCCAGUGAUCUCCUAGAGGCAUUAGUCUACCUCCAUGGUCGAGGGGUGGUCCAUAAAAACCUCCAGGCUUCCUCGGUUUAUGUAGACAGCCACGGCAGUCUGAGGCUGGCUGAUUACAGCUUGUGCAAGAGGUUGGAUGACCUGAAUGAAUCCAUCCAAGCAGGAUCUCACAACGUCCGUUUCAGCGAAGAGAAGAGCUAUGGAGGAAGGGGAGGCAAAAAGGGAGACAUCCUAAAACUAGGUAUCCUACUAAUAGAACUCAUCCAGGCCCAGGAGGGUGUGCAAUAUCCGUGUGAGGUUCCACAGGACCUUCCUGCUGAUCUACAAGAUCUAUUAAACAGAUGUCUUGAUACAGAUGAGAGAAAUCGUUCGUCAGCGUCAUCAUUACAGGACCAUCCCUUCAUUAAACCCUCUAUCUCAGUUUCACCUGAAACAAACAGUAAUCUGCCGAACGAUCUCAACUCAUCAGCAGGGAAUGAGAAGGAAGCGGAUGUCAGUAUCCCUGAGCCUAAGAGUUAUGACAUCCAUCUGGGCCACUCCAGACUCAGGAGUGAGUUUGAAGUCUUAGACUUUCUAGGUAAAGGAGGCUUUGGAAGUGUCACAAAGGUCCUGAAUAAGUUGGAUGGCAGCAUCUAUGCCAUCAAGAGAAUCCUGCUGAACCCAAAGAGCCGAGAGUUGAACCGGAAGAUCACGAGGGAGGUCAAGCUGCUGUCCAGACUCAACCAUGAGAAUGUGGUCAGAUAUUUUAAUUCUUGGAUAGAGGUUGCAGAGUCGCCUCCGACUACCGAGACAGAUUCUGACUCGCUUGGUACCGUAACAAACACCACCGGUCCCAUUCAGAAACCCACACCUGAUACCAGACAACCUACCAGCGACAAGAAUAGCCUCAGUAUCUCAGAUGAUAUUGAGAAAUUAGCUCCCAAAGUCAGCUUCAGUACCUUAGGUUCCGUAGAUUGGAGCACAUCACAUGAUACGGGUGGAUUGGACAGUAGCAGCGAUUCAUCAUCUGAUGAGGAAGAUGUCUUUGGGGCGUCCUUCAUGCCUUGUUCGGACUCAUCUGAUGGGAUCGAGUUUGAGCAUAACAACUCCAGUCCUGACAUCAGUGACAGUAAAUCCAAACAGGAAGAAGGGAAGAAACCAACUGAUGCGAAUCUACCUCCUCAAGACGUUGAGCCAUCACGACCUCUGCAGUACCUGUACAUCCAGAUGGAGUUCUGUGAGAAGAGCACACUCAGGACGGCCAUUGAUCAGGGUCUGUAUCUGGACGAGAGGAGAGUCUGGAGAUACCUGAGGGAGAUCGUGGAAGGAUUGGCUCAUAUACACUCACAGGGUAUGAUUCACAGAGACCUGAAGCCUGUCAACAUCUUUCUGGACUCUAAUGACCUGGUCAAGAUCGGUGAUUUCGGCCUGGCUACUGCCGGGAACAUGGGAACGGCGGCGUUGCCAGAUAUACCACAGGGGGAUCUACAUGAGGCGCAGUUAUUAGAGGGAAGUGCUGGGACCGGGAGUCACUUGACGGGCAAGGUGGGCACCGCCCUCUAUGUCAGCCCGGAGUUAUGCCAAGCCAAAAGCAGUCAUUACAACCAGAAAGUUGACCUGUACAGCCUGGGUAUAAUCUUCUUUGAGAUGUGCAAUCCACCGUUAGCUACUGGCAUGGAGCGAGUUCAAAUGCUGGGGAGAGUAAGAGAGGAAAACAUCCAUUUCCCGGACACCUUUGACGAAUUCAAGCACGAGAACGAGGCGUUCAUCCUACGCUGGCUCCUGAAUCACGACCCCGAGGCGCGUCCCACGGCCCAGGAGCUCCUCCAAUCCAAGCACCUGCCUCCCCCUCAGAUGGAAGACGCUAGACUCCAGGAGAUGCUCAGACACACCAUCUCCAACAGUCAGUCCAAGGCCUACAGGCACAUCAUACAGGAACUCUUCCAUCAGACCGUGCCGGCCCCGGCCGACUUCACUUACGACAUGGAUAUGCAUAAAGGUUUUUCUUUCAAGUCUUCCGUGGUCCAGCAAGCCGUGUACGAGACACUAUGUAGAAUCUUCCAGAAGCACAGUGCACUGAGAGUCAACACUCCUCUACUCCUUCCAAGAAACAAACAGCUGGAGAGAUCCGAGAUGUGCGUCAAUCUCAUGACCCACAGCGGCGGUCUGGUGUCCUUAGCCUAUGACUUGAGGAUUCCAUUUGCCAGAUUUGUUGCCAGAAAUAAUGUUACCAAUUUGAAGAGGUAUUGCAUCGAGCGUGUGUACCGAGAGAGGCAGAUCUAUGGCUGUCAUCCCAGAGAGUUGACAGAGUGUGCCUUUGACAUUGUCACCUCUAGUUCCGUGGGCUUGAUUCCCGACGCGGAGAUUCUUCACAUCGUGUCUGAAAUCAUCAAUGAAUUCCCUGCAUUGCAGGCACGUAACUACUCCAUCCGACUAAACCACACCUCCCUGCUCACGGCCGUCCUAAACCACUGUGGAAUUCCCGGCGAUAAACACCACGAGGUCUAUAAGAUCCUCAGCGACGCUCGCACAGAGAAGCUGACCAAGCUUCAGAUACAGACCCGGCUCUGCAGCAUGUCACUGUCUGAACAACAGGUUCGGAAUUUGUACAGCUACAUCGAGCUUGAGGGUCACCACAGCAAAGUGGCCGGUGCCCUGAAGUCACUGGUAAACUGCAAAGGGCCGAGCGGUUCCAUGGUCAAACAGGGACUGCAUGAGCUGGAAGCUAUCAUAUCACAGGCACAGGUCUUUGGCAUCAGACUGGAGAUGAUUGUUACGCUGAGCCUGGUCUACAACAUCCACUGUUUCUCUGGGGUGAUCUUUCAGUUCGUGGCCGAGUCCGUCCACCGCAAGAAAAAAACAGGAAUGGAUGUGCUGGCAGCUGGGGGCAGAUAUGAUCAACUGAUUCAGAUAUUCAAGAAGCCAUCUUCCCAGCAGCAUCAGGUUUGUCCGUCGGCUGUUGGCAUCAGCGUGUCGUUUGAGAAGAUAGUAUCAGCUGUGCUCCAAGACACAUACAUGUACAGCCUGUCAGAGACGACUCCGAGUGUCUGUGAUGUUCUCGUCUGUGCCAUCGGCAGCAGCUCUUCCUACAAGGAUAAGAUCAAAGUUGUCCGAGAUCUCUGGGCCAGCGGACUAAGAGCCGACAUCCUCUAUGAUUCUACCAUGCCUCUGGAAGAAAUCCAAGAUUACUGCCGUGCAGUCAGCAUCAGCUAUCUGGUUGUGUUGAAAGAUCGCAACGAAACAGUCAAGAUUCGUUUCUUUGACAAGGAGAAGCAAGUGACAGAGUACCGAGCUGAUUUCCACAACGUUGUGGAAACUUUACAUCAGAUGAUCAGCACAAGCAAGACUGAGACGCUAGAGGGCGUGCAGCAGACGACAAUCAAACUUGCGAUGUUGGAGACCAUGCCCACCAGCAACGCCACCAACUACAACGUGACGUUUGUCCCCCGGCCCGAGAUCAGUGCCAGGAAGAAACAUGAGCGAGUGGUAAGGAUCCAAUCAAAGAUUGAGCCGGUUCUGGAGUGUAUUACAUCCAAGACCAAAGUGGAGGUCGUAGCUGUGGAUCUACCUUUGGCCGUAGUGAAAAGCAUGGUAGCUGUACUGGAUUUUGAUGGAGAAAGCAAUUAUUCCUCUAGCGUUUCCACAUUACGUGACAUGCACAUCAAAUACAAGAAGGUUUUGGACGAGAUAUGCUACGUCUUACAGAAAUUCAAGCUGGACAAUGGUGUGUCCUUUGUCAUCCUGUACACCUACAAGGAAGAUGCGUUCAAGGUCAUAUACUGAGACAGGAGGCCCUACUCUACCUUGCUUCCAUGACCAGACGUGUCGGUCAAUUUCACCACUGGACAACGGUGAUGACCGUCACUGUUUGACCGUCCAAGAUCAGUGGUCAAAUGAUCAUCAUUGUAGGAGAAGUUUUGAUGACGAGUGCUGUUUGACCAUUUGAUGUCAGUGCUCGAAAAAGCUCAGUCACCUGAUUCAAAGGUCAACGGUCAAAGGUCGGGUGUCAUGUGGCUUGGAAUACUCUAGACUCCAUGCACCAACAGUAGAUAGCACUUUGGGACCGCGUUCAAGACCUCCAGUGGGAGGGCCAGUAUUGGUGACCAGGCCCCUCACCGGUUUUAAACCGCACAUUUAUAACUGCUCCAUCACACUGUUAUCCCCUCGAAGCCUGACUUGUAAGACUUUUGGGGUUGUGCUGUCUCCUCCAAACUAAUAAGUUGUCUUGCUCUGUGGCGCACUCAAAGGGGGGGGGGGGGGCAGCCUUGGGGGCUUGAGCCCCCCUCAAGAGGAUGUCAUUUGUGUUUUAAUUUUUUU